CCACCGUUCCCAGUUCUUUCACCACAUUUCUUUCAUUGUGUUCUAAAAAGCCCUAGCUCCCCUUUAGCCUUCGUUUACUGGCGACUGAAGCAGCCAUGAGCCAAAGAUCGAAUCAUUGAAGCAAGUCAACAACGAUCGAACCAUUGAAGCAAGUCAGCAACGAUCGAGCAUCGACUCCGGCACUGGGAUUGCUACUAUCGAUUUCGGCGACCUGCUGAAGCAAUCUUCCUCUUCGUCUCAGGUAAGCUCCAGUUGGAAGAGAUUUUAUAACAAAAUGCCUUCUCUUCAAACAGCACUACCUCCUGAACUUGCCAACAAUGCCAUUAGGCUAUAUCGUGAAUGUCUACGUAGAGCAAAGUACGUUGGUCAUAAGCAACAUAACACGGAGCUUGUUGUUCAAAUGGUGAGGCAGCAAUUCAGAAAGCACAUGCAUGAAACAGACCCAGAGAGGAUUCAAAAGCUCAAAGAUGAUGCAGCAAGAGGACUUAUAAAUCACAUAUUAUAUGAAGCAGAGGAGUUGACAGGAAGGAAAUUCAGCUAGCUACCUCAACAUCACCAUAAUUCAUCUUGAUGUGUUAAAAAGAUACUUGACUUUUCAUGGGUCAAAUCUUUAUUCAAUAAUUUCACUUGAAACUUCAAUUUUAUCAAGUUUUGUGGUGACCUUUACUUCCUAUUCCUGUUUUGGUUUAAUCGAAUUCCACUUAUGGUUUUGUGUUGUUA